AUUUAGAAAAAAGUUUUGAAGUGUACGUCAAAUGUCAAAACAUCGUUUGUCAAUGUGAGAAAUGUUAUGAGUUUGUGAACAGUGCUGAAUUUCAAACGUUUUAACUAAAAUUACGCAUUUUAGAUUUGUCUUUAAACAUUUAGAUACUUUAAAUACGAAAAUAUGUUGGCAUUACAACAAUACUCAGGUAGCAGCGACGAAGAAGAAGACAAACAAACAUCCUCCGUUAAUCAAGAGCCUUCGAAUCCUUCGGAGUAUUCGUUAAAAACCCAGCUCGCAAUUUGCGCAGCACCAGAAGUCCUCCCCACUGGGCUAGAGGAGGACCAAAUGCACAUAGACGUAGACACAAAAGAGCUAGCGUUCAAUCCCAAGUACGAUGUACUGUUCGCACCGGCCCUGGGCCCCGCUAAUCCUUUUAAAACCCAGCAACAGUUGGUGGAACGCAACAUGCUCUCGGGCCACAUCGAAAGGGCCCACGUCAGCGAAUUCCAAUUCGAAAACCAAAGGCGCACCUUCGCCAGUUACGGCUACGCCCUGGACCCUUCCGUAACCAACGACGGGCAGAUCAAAGUGGUCGGGUCUUCGGAGGACGCCGACGAGAGCAGCAUUAAAACUGUGUUCGAAGCCUCCAAAACGAGACCUCUGGAUAAACGGAAAAGGAAGAAAAACGACGAUCCCAGCGACGUGGAGGGGUUCCUAGGCCCCUGGGGUGGUUUCGUGGACGAGCAGAAAAUAUCCAAACCCACCGAGGAAGAACAAAUCGAACUCGACGAGAUAUCCUCCAAAAAGAAUAAAAAAGGUAAACCCAGCGAAGAUAAACCGCUCGAAGAAAAGUCGGUCUUGCACAUCAAAGACGCCGUGGAUUACCAAGGUCGUUCGUUCCUCCACGCGCCCCAAGACGUGGGCGUCAAUCUCAAAUCGGACACUCCGCCGGACAAAUGUUUCCUGCCCAAGGCCCACAUUCACACUUGGACGGGCCACUCGAAGGGCAUCGCCGCCAUACGGUUGUUCCCCAGGACGGCGCAUCUUCUGCUAUCGGCCGGAAUGGACUGUCGCAUUAAAAUUUGGGAGGUCUACAACGAAAGGCGCUGCGUGAGAACCUACUACGGACACCGACAGGCCGUUAGGGACAUCAAUUUCAACAAUUCCGGAAAGCAUUUCUUAUCUGCGGGUUACGACAGGUAUAUAAAAUUGUGGGAUACGGAAACGGGUCAGGUUUUGUCGCGUUUCACCAGCAGGAAAAUACCCUACUGCGUUAAAUUCAAUCCGGAUAGGAACAAACAGCAUUUGUUCGUGGCCGGUACAUCGGAUAAGAAGAUCAUCUGUUGGGAUACGAGAUCGGGGGAUAUCGUGCAAGAGUACGACAGGCAUUUGGGCGCUGUUAAUAGUAUUACAUUCGUUGACGAAAACCGACGGUUCGUGACGACUUCGGACGAUAAAUCGUUGAGAGUGUGGGAAUGGGACAUUCCGGUCGAUAUGAAAUACAUUGCAGAUCCCACGAUGCACAGUAUGCCAUCGGUAACACCGGCACCGAACGGUAAAUGGUUGGCUUGCCAAAGCAUGGACAACAAAGUCGUCAUAUUCUCUUCCAUGAAUCGGUUUAAGAUUAAUCGUAAGAAGACAUUCAGUGGUCACAUGGUGGCCGGAUACGCCUGCUCCUUGGACUUUUCUCCUGACAUGAGCUACCUGACGUCAGGGGAUGCCGAUGGUAAAGUGUAUAUUUGGGACUGGAAGUCCACUAAACUGUUCAAGAAGUGGAAGGCGCACGAUAACGUGUGCAUCAGCGUCCUCUGGCAUCCGCACGAGCCGAGCAAACUGAUUUCUGCCGGAUGGGAUGGCCUGAUAAAGUACUGGGAUUGAAUUGAAAGAUUG